UUACAAACCAAGAACUCUGAACUACAAAACAUGACCAAACCAAUUCAAAAAGCCUUCAACAGUCAAUCAAAUCUCAGUACAACUAUAGAUAAAACCUUUCCAUUGGUCACUCAUACUAAUAAAGACCAACCAAUAGCUGUCCACCAAAUCCCUCCAAUAGAAGUUCCUAGCAAUCAAACU